AUGCUAUCAGUGGUAGAACAAGUGUACAAUGUUGUUCUUGAAGAGAAGUUGAAGGAAGUAACAACCAAUCCAUCACCCUUUUCUUUUCAUCCACCAAAACCAGAUGAUGUUUGUUGCUACAAUAUGUUAUACAAGUGGACACCAGAGUUAAUCAUUUGGUUAAGUGUAUCAUUUUGUGAACCUAUUGCUCAGUUACACCAACAAAUUAUGAAGAGUCCAACCAGAUCAUAUUGGCAAACUAUGGUGGCUCAGUUGGAGUGUUAUGCUUUUCUUGGCAGGUUUGAUGUGGAUGGAAUUAAGCUCAAAAUCCAGAUAAAGAAUUAUUUAACAAAUAAGAGGCUAAUAAUGCACAGGCUUCAAAUGUAUCAGACUGCAGUUAAUGCCAAUCAGGUCCGGAUGAUGUGUAUCACGCUUUUGUACAAGCAUUGCAUAUUAUAACCCUUGCAAUUCACCUAUCAGAGACAAAAGGCACAAAAAGAUAAAGAUUCCAAUGGAACAUCAAAUCUUGAAACCUGACUGCAAAUGUUGCUGGUGGAAGUCUUGAAAUUAAGUUGUAUCCAUCAAAUGCCAUUUGUUGUAUGAAAGGUCCAACCAGAUGAUAUUGGUGUACUGUGGUGGCUUAGUUGGAAUUUAUCAAGUAGUAA